UUUCGUCAAGAUAUAAAUAAUGAAAUGGAAACACUGUACUAGUGUUUCCACUAAACGUGAACGUAACGAGAAUCACAUUCCGGAAAUCGGUGGCGAAGGGUGCUACCUCAAGCAGUUACCUGUCCCACCGGGAGCCAAUCCCUGUAAGUUGUGGUCGGACGGAAUUAGUCCGAAUGAACGAGUAUUUUACCAUCAGACGCUGAGUUCAGCGCGGAGAGCAGCUAAAUUCCUGACCUUAGGACCUAUCCCUCGUGACUCCCUGGAUAUCAAUCUUGCCUCUCAGUAUAAUCACUCGGAAGAACUAUUUAAGGCUAGAAACCAUGUCGUUCUUCAGGAUGAAACCGUGGGUUACACAACGUUCCGUCGACUCCGCAACACUCGCGAUCUUAGUCCAGAGAAGAUUAUUCCGUUGAAACAUCCACUACAAAUCGGAGGAGUGCGCGAAAAACCUUCACCCAGUAGUGUCAAACUGAUGAAUACAGGACCUCACACUCCACUGACAAAUCCGGGCUAUUCAAGACAGACCGGAGAUGGGAAUUUCUUCAAUUACUAGAACGCUGUUUCUGUAAUAUAUAACAAAAAUAAAUUACUCGAUUGUUUGAAUGAGAAGUAGAA